CAUGUGAUUACAUCUUGUAGAUAGGCUAAUAGUACUUACACUAGAUAUCUCUAGAUCUAAUAGUCUUAGUCGAUUAGACGAUUUAGAGUCUAGAGUUGAAGUUAGAAUCUAGAUCUUGCAACAUGUCUCAUUUUUAUGUGUUUCAUUAUCUCAUCUUUGUGAUUUAUUUGACACAAACUUUUGCUGAUUUUCCUUAUAAGGAAGGUUUUUUUGACCAAUAUGUAGACCAUUUUAAUUUGAUGUCAUUUUCAAACAAAACAUUUAAACAACACUAUUUGUAUCAAGAUGAAUCCUGGGAUCCUAAAGGAGGACCAAUUUUUUUCUAUGCUGGGAAUGAAGGUCCCAUUGAAGGAUUUUGGACUGCCACAGGAUUUGUACAUGAAAUUGCUCCACAGUUUGGAGCUUUUGUUGUCUUCCCUGAACAUAGAUAUUAUGGCAAAUCACUACCAUUUGGUGCAGAUAGUUUUAAAUCGCCUUAUCUGGGACUACUCACCAUAGAGCAGGCCAUGGCUGACUAUGCAGUUUUCUUGACAGCAUUGAAAGAGCAGUUAAAUGCGACUCAAAGUAAAGUCAUUGCUUUUGGUGGCAGCUAUGGUGGUAUGCUAGCAGCCUAUAUGAGAUUUAAGUAUCCGAAUAUCAUUGAUGGUAGUCUAGCAGCUAGUGCUCCAAUAUACAUGCAAGAUAUCAAUGGUCCUCAUGAUUUUUUCUUUCAACAUGUAACUCAGGAUUUCAGGGAUAUUAAUGAAAAAUGUUAUGAUUCUGUCAAGAUGGCAUUUCAAAUAAUGAAUAAUUUGGCAGCAUCGGGUCCCUCAGGUCUGCAAGUAAUCAGCAAAGAAUUCAAAUUAUGCAAUACACUUCAAGAUGACAAAUCCUAUCAACAUUUACUUGGUUGGAUAAGAAAUGCAUUUACCAUGAUGGCCAUGUUAGAUUAUCCUUAUCCAACAGGAUUUAUGGGCAACUUGCCAGGUUUCCCUGUGAAGGUUGGCUGUGAAUUCAUUAUGAAUUCAACAAGUUUACUGGAAGGGCUGGCCAAUGCUGCAGGUGUUUUCUACAACUCCUCUUUACAAUGUUACGACAUUUAUUCUGAAUUCAUUGAAUGUGCCGACCCAACUGGCUGUGGAACUGGACCAGAUGCCAUUGCUUGGGAUUACCAAGCUUGUACAGAAUUACUGUUACCAAGGGGAAGUAAUAAUGUUACAGACAUGUUUCCUGUUCUCCCCUGGAACCCAGAGCUGAGAGCAGCUUAUUGCCAGAAGACAUACGGCAUUACACCAAGAGAUGACUGGUCAGCUGUACAGUUUUGGGGACAGAAUAUUAAGAGUGCCAGCAACAUUAUAUUUUCUAAUGGAAAUCUGGAUCCAUGGAUGGGAGGAGGGGUAAAUCAAGAUCUUUCUGAAAGUCUUGUAGCUGUGGCAGUCAUUGGUGGAGCACAUCACUUAGAUUUGAGGUCCUCCAAUCAGCUGGAUCCUCCAGGUGUUGUGUUAGCCAGAGAAAAAGAAAAAGCUAUACUCAGACAAUGGCUUAGUUGACCUAAAAUCAUCUAAGUUUCAUUGUACUUUGAAUACAUGACUGUGAAUGUAGAAAUGUUUUAUUGAAUAAAAUUCUUGUUUUGAUACUUUAAAA